AUCUGGCUGCGUUCUUUUCCUUGCUUGAUUUGACACAUCUGUGUUUUGUGCUAUAAGUAGUAUACAUCAACACUGUACCGACACACGGCCUAUGUAAUCUCUCUCUCUGUCACACACACACAUACACUCAUGCAUACAGACCUGUUUAUACACGUGUGCAUUAUAGACACGCUUUCUCUUCUGACACUCUUUUCUCGUUCCUCAGUAUUAUUGCUAGAGUUAUGAUCAGAGGCUGGACAUUUUGGAGAGCUGGAAAACUGGUGACUAGUUGAAGGAGCUCAUUGCUAUCUCCUAUAUGAUGGCCAACGCAGUUGGCACUGCAACUCUGUGUGGUGAUUUAAAGGCUUUUCUGAGUAACCAAAACCUACCAAAAGGUAACAUUUCUCUUGUAGCACCAUCCAACUAUAGCUCUGUCACCAAGAUCACUUUAGGAGCAGUGAACUCUAAUGUCGGCGCACCGAUGAUCUUAAGCACUCCUCAGAGGGUGACUCACCCAGGAAGUAUCCUCAUCGGCAGCCCCUUCACGCCACACACUACACCUGCUGCCAUGGUUACACAACCAUGUCCUCCAGAAGGCAACGAAUGGACACCAGGGAACAAGAAACGGACACAUGACUUUAUAGACUCCUAUUACUCUGACAGGGAUGGACUGUGCUCCACUGACUCCUCAUCAAGUAAGAGGAUGAAGAAAGUUGAUAAGAAAGGAAAGGGGCUCAGGCACUUCUCCAUGAAGGUGUGUGAGAAGGUGCAGAUGAAAGGCACUACGUCCUAUAAUGAGGUGGCUGAUGAACUGGUGGCAGAGUUCACCCACGCCAGCAACCUAGCAGCUACAGAUUGUCAGGCGUACGAUCAGAAAAACAUCCGCAGGCGUGUAUAUGAUGCACUGAAUGUGUUGAUGGCCAUGAACAUAAUCUCAAAAGAGAAGAAGGAGAUUCGCUGGAUUGGUCUUCCCACUAACUCGGCACAGGAAUGUCGCAACCUGGAGAUGGAGAAGCAGAAGCGGCUGGAAAGAAUCCAGCAGAAAAGAAGCCAGCUAGAGGAGCUUAUAUUACAGCAGAUAGCCUUUAAGAACCUGGUGAAGAGGAAUCAGGCCAACGAAGCGGCUUCAAAAUCCCGACCUCCACCCGGCUCUGUCAUUCAGCUGCCAUUUAUCAUUCUCAAUACAGACGUGCGCACAGUCAUCGACUGCUCCAUCUCCAGUGACAAAUGUGAAUACCUCUUUAACUUUGACAACAUGUUUGAGAUCCAUGAUGACAUUGAGAUCCUAAAGCGUAUGGGUAUGUCUCUGGGGCUGGAGAAUGGCUCAUGCACCACAGAGAACCUCAGUGUGGCCAAGUCUCUUGUGCCCAAAUCAUUAGAGAGUUAUGUCACAGGUAUGGCCAAGAAAUCCAACAGAACCACUCCCAAUUAUACAAGCAGCACUGCUCCUUCAUACAACUCCGAAUCUCGGGGUCAGACACCCAGCUCUUUCAAUGAGGAGGAGGAUGACGACGACGAUGAAGAUGACGACGAUGAUGACGAGGAUGAGCCCUCUUCCCCAGAAUGAUCUCGGAAAACAGUGUGCUGACGCCUUAUGCUUCUCUGAGACUCGGCCUCUGUCCCGCCGUUUGACUUUCUGCCGAAUCCACAGGUGGACUGAGACACUGGGAAUAAGCUUCCACUUGCUCGUGAUGUGAUAUUCCAAACACUCCAUCUGUUUAACCCUCUAGAUAUUGAUCUCUAUUUUUAUCGAUCUUGUGCAUCCACACGUGCACACACACACAGGUUUUGUAUCUCGAGGAGGAUUGAUCAGUAGUGUGCUAAUGGUGCUUUUCCUCCUAGCAAACCUCAGGUCAGGCAUGAGGAGGGAGUAAGUUCUGGCAGGAAUUUCACAUCGACAGCUUUCAAUUGGUCUUCAUACUGCCUCAAAACCUCACUCAGUAAAGUCUCAUUGUAUUUAUUACUGUCCUAUUAUAAGAUGAACUCAUUUAUCAUUGUAAUUCCUUGUUUAGACAACAGCUAAUGCUUUAUUGUUUGGUUUUUUUGGUUGCAUCUCCCCCACAUGCACUGUUAAGAAGUCGAUAGUUUAACUGUUUCCAUGUUCACAGUUUGGAAGGAAUUUGUGUGCUUUUCAGAUAAGGGAAAAAAAGACUUGUUUGUUUUUCUAAGAUUCUUCACAAUUUUGUUGUGCAUUACCUAGUUACUUCAUUUCUUGCCAUUUACUACAAUAGAAUGAAAUGGGGGGGGGGGGGGGGGGGGGGUGAAAUUACCAUAAUGAGAUUAGCAUAUUUGUCUGGGUACACAUGCCCUGAAGAGACGCAUGCUAGGGAGUGAAGUGUUUUUGUAAGUGUGAUGUGUAGAGUAGCAUCUUCUGCUAAUGUCUGUUUUUGUUGCUAGGAUAUGAAAAUGGUCGAUACCAGGGACAUUUCCCUCUUUGACCUAAGCAGUUCAGCAUUUUAAGCCUGGAAUCUUAUUUGAAGAUUUAUAAGAAUAAUAUUAUUACUUGUCGUUUUCUCUGAGGGUUCCUACUUUGGUUUGGAAAUGUAAUUCAGUAUGUAUAUGUAUACAUAAACGUAUAAUUUUGGUUA